UACUUAUGUUCCUCCCAUCUUCAGUAGGUUUGUGCUGCUCCAGAACGCAAGAAGUGUUCAGUUGAUAGAGAAAAUGUCGACUCCCAAACGCGAGUGUUCCUUCCUGGGGUGCCUGUUGAGCCCUCGGCUGUACGGUGUGAUUGUGGGCGUGGUCAGUUUGUGGGCCAUGAUGGCAUCCCUUUCGGCGUCCAUCUAUCUGAUGGUCAAAUUCAACGACAUCAAGGACGUCCCGGACAGUUUGAAAGCCUAUUAUCGGUACGCCAUGAUCGACACAAUGCUGAUUCUGAUUGGCGUGACCGUUGUUGGGCUCUAUCUAGUGGGUAUCUACAAAGUCAACGAGCACUAUUUGAUGCCGUUCAUAGUUCUACUCGUGCUGGACUUUUUGGGCUACAUUGUAUCUGAGGCAGUGGUGAGAUUUUCGGCCCACAGUAGCAGCAAACUUCCGAAGGACCGAUGGAAGCAGAAUCUUAUGGAGAUUGUGAUAUUUACCUGCCUGUUUGGGCUGACGACCCACAUCUAUCGAAUCUUCAGGCACAAACGGCGACUGGAGGAGCAAAGGUUCGGCGAUUAUCGGAGUAUUUCCAGCAGUGCGGAGAAUAUUGCAUUGUAGAUUGUAGGCUUUACUUCUUAGUGCUGUAAGAGUUGUACAUAAAUUUAUUUUUUUAAACCAUCCCAUAAAUCUUAA